AUGGAGCCUAUCCAGACUCACCCGUCGACCGCGGCUCAGGCAAAGGCCUUCACGGCUGCUGGUUCCUUGUCGUUCCCCGGCGCUGCUGGCGAGCUCACUCCUCCGUCCAACGGUUCGCAACUGCCUAACGGCAGUGCUGCCAAUGGCGCAACUGUCAACGGCGGGAGCCCUGCGACCCCAGCUGCGACGCCUGCCGCCACGCAGGGUGGCAGUGGUCUGACACCAACCUUGCAAAAUAUCGUUGCCACGGUCAAUCUCGAUUGCCGUUUGGACCUCAAGACGAUUGCCUUGCACGCUCGCAACGCUGAGUACAACCCCAAGCGUUUCGCCGCCGUCAUCAUGCGUAUCCGUGAGCCCAAGACGACGGCUCUCAUCUUCGCGUCCGGCAAGAUGGUCGUCACUGGUGCCAAAUCUGAGGAUGACUCGAAGCUUGCCAGCCGCAAGUACGCUCGCAUCAUCCAGAAACUCGGCUUCAAUGCCAAGUUCACCGACUUCAAGAUCCAGAACAUUGUCGGCAGCUGCGACAUCAAGUUCCCCAUCCGCCUCGAGGGUUUGGCUUCGCGCCACCACAACUUCAGUUCUUACGAACCCGAGUUGUUCCCUGGUCUCAUUUACCGCAUGAUCAAACCGAAGAUUGUCCUUCUGAUCUUCGUCAGCGGCAAAAUCGUUCUCACUGGUGCCAAAGUCAGGGAGGAGAUCUACCAGGCCUUCGAGAUGAUCUACCCCGUUCUCCAAGAUUUCCGCAAGGUCUAG